GAGAGGCAGGACAUCACACAGACCAACAGACUCGAGCCCGAAGCUGCUGAUCUGAAACCAGAACUUGAGAUCAACAGACCUCAGGAUGUUGUGUCCCAGCGUCUUCCAGCCGUCCCCCGUCACCAUGAGGCCUUUCCUGGACCUGCACUGGCCCGUCCGCAGCCUGUGGCCCGAGACCCGGCCACUCUUCUACCACAUGGAGCAGGAGAUGAUCCGCCACAUGCAGGAGGUGAAGCAGAGCAUCGAGCACAUGGAGAGGCUGCACCAGAAGAUCUUCGACGAGAUCGACAGCAGCUCCUGCUCUAAGGGCGUCUUCAUGCCCAUCGCCUUCCAGGACCUGGGGCGGGACGGCAGCCGCUUCGCCCUCAGCCUGGACACGAAGGAGUUCAGCCCGGAGGAGCUGUCCGUCAAACAGGUGGGCAGGAAGCUGAGGGUGAGCGGCAGGACGGAGAAGAAGCAGGAUGACGGGAAGGGCUCCUACUCGUACCGGUGUCAGGAGUUCAGGCAGGAGUUCGACCUGCCGGACGGCGUUGAACCUGAGACUGUCAGCUGCUCCCUGGCGGGAGGCCGGCUGCAGAUCCAGGCGCCCAGGGAGGCGCGCCUUAGCGAUGGGAAGGAGAGGGUUGUCCCAAUCAAUGUCACCUCGGCCCCGGCUAUUACCUCUCUGUCCCCGACCGGCGAGGGUCCAGAGGGGAGCAGCUCGUCCUCAGAGACCAGCACCACAGAGACCAACUGAAGCAGCUGCUACUGAGGGAACAUGAAACCGAUUUCAUUUUAAUAUUUAAUUUCUCGUGAUGAAUCAGAGUGGAACAGUGAUGCUCAGAUCACAAAAAUAGUCCUUCAACAUUUAUAAUAACUUCAUGACUCAUUAUGAGGUAUUUAAUGUAUGGUGUUAAACUUACCAGAGAUCAGAGUGAACCAUCUUGUUUGUGAAACAUAUCUUUGAUAGAUGAGGGAACGUGAUCCUGAUUCUUUUCUUGCACUCCGAUUUUGAAAAUAUAUCUGUUUAUAUAAUAAACUUUAUUUUUGGUUUA